CUGGCAUAUAUAGUGUUGACCUUCACCUUAGAACCUUGCCCCAUAUUGAAAUAUUAACCAUUAACAAAUGAGCAGGAAUCAGCUGUAGCAAUUUUGAAUGUACGUUGUGUUACGACUUGGACAAUGUUGAAAACUGAAGACAGACACACAAAAUAUUCCCAAGAUAACACAAUGUUAUCAAAGAGCAGACUGAUAAUGUCUCAGAAAAAGUUGGUCGGUAUGUACCAGAAAGCAAACAGUCCACUGUUAGCAAUGUCUAGUGCAGCUGUUAUGCAAACACAGGUCUUGCCUCAUUUACCUGUACCAAAACUGGAGCAAACUGUUGAAAAAUAUUUGAAAUCGGUUGAGCCGUUUUUGAACGAGACUGAAUUAAACCAUACCAAAAAAUUACUGACACAAUUUCAAUCAGAAAGUGGUCUCGGACCUAAACUGCAAAAGCUUCUGGUGGAGAAAGCACAAGAGACUGAUAGUUGGUUGGUUGACUGGUGGCUAAAUGUAGCAUACUUGGGAUACAGAGACCCAGUGGUGGUUUAUUCGAGUCCAGGUCUUGCUUUCCCGUGUCAGUCAUUUUCCAGUCAGGAAGAUAGGCUUGAUUAUACAGCGAAACUCAUUUCUGGUGCUCUUAGUUACAAGACACUCAUUGAUAGUGGUAAAAUGGCAACUGAUAUGAUGGGAAAAGAUCCUCUAGACAUGAAUCAGUACAAGAAAAUUUUUGGAACCUGUAGAUUACCAGGGCUUAAAUGUGACAACUUGGAAUAUAAUCCACAAUCUAAGCAUAUUGUGAUUGUUAAUAAUAAUAAUUUUUUCAAGUUGCCAGUAAUUGAUGAAUGUGGAAGUGUCAUUAACGUUGGAGAAAUAAUUAAUGCGUUAGUACAAAUAACUGAGGAUUCACAAGAAGCAGGUCCACCUGUUGGUAUUUUGACAUCAGAUAAUCGGAACAAUUGGGGACGAGCAUAUCAGGAUCUUACUUUAGAUUUAACAAAUUUAAAGUCUGCAAGAGAAAUUCAAACGUCUCUUUUUUUGGUUUGUUUAGACAAGCCUAUGUGUCAUGAAAAUGAUGACAACAGAACAGCAGCAAGUAGGCAGUUGAUAUAUGGUGGUGGUAGUAGUGCAAAUGCAGCUAAUCGAUGGUAUGACAAAACUGUUCAGUUUGUUGUUAGUGAAGAUGGAAUAGUUGGUUUAACAUAUGAGCAUUCUCCAAGUGAAGGGCAACCAAUUGCUGUUAUGACUGAUUACAUUAUGGAUCAUAUUGCCCAAGACAAGUCCAUAAAUAAACCAGAUGUAGCUUUCUAUGCUGCACCUGAAAAAUUAAAUUUUAACGUUGAUGAUAAAAUUCAGAAAGCCAUUGACUGUGCAAGUUCAAAUAUUGACAAACUUGGUGCAAACUUAGAUAUGAAUUGUUUUCAAUUCAACUGUUAUGGGAAAGAAUUUGUGAAAACACAAAAGAUGAGCCCAGACAGUUUUAUUCAAAUUGCCAUGCAAUACGCCUUUUUCAGGAUUCAUAAAGUACCGGGGGCCCAUUACGAAUCUGCAGCGACAAGAAAAUAUAUCCAUGGUCGAACUGAAACCAUCAGAUCGUGCUCGAAUGAGUCCAUUGCGUUUGCUAAGGCAAUGUUGGAUAAUUCAAAGUCCGCGAACGAGCGAGUUGCUGCUUUAAAACAAGCUGUCAAUGCGCACAAAAAAUAUUCAAUCGAGGCAGUUAAUGGUUUUGGUGUAGAUAGGCAUCUUCUAGGUUUGAAGUUAACAGCAAUUGAAAAUCAACUUCCCAUACCAGAAAUAUUUAGUGACCCCUCAUUUACAAGGAGUACUCACAUGCGCUUAUCUACAAGUCAAGUAGCCACUAAAUGUGAUGGAUUUAUGUGUUAUGCGCCUUUAGUGCCUGAUGGUUAUGGUUGUUGCUAUAAUCCCAGAAAGAAUGAUAUUAAUUUUGCAGUUUCUGCAUUUUGUGAGCAUCCGGGUACAACGGCUGCACAAUUUCGUGAUGCACUUGAAGAGAGUCUGAUAGACAUGCAUGACCUCUUAGCAACAACACAAAAAUCAAAAUUGUAAUGUAUUUAUGUAUCCUACAUUUUUUUAUGACAUGGUAUUGGGAAUAAUUUUAUUAAAUACAUAAUUUUAAUAGAGUAA